UAAAUGUCAAAAAAAUAUUCCGGAUAUAAGGUCUUUUUGGUAACAACACAGCAAGAUGAAGAUCGGUUUGUGCGCAUUCAGUGGUUACAAAAUCUAUCCAGGCCAUGGUAAAACCUUGGUUAAGGUUGAUGGAAAGUCAUUCACUUUCCUCAACCAAAAAUGCGAGCGUUCAUUCUUGAUGAAGAGAAACCCACGUAAAGUAACAUGGACAGUACUUUACAGACGCAAACAUAAGAAGGGCAUUGAAGAAGAAGCUGCAAAGAAACGAACACGCCGUACACAAAAAUUCCAGCGUGCAAUCGUUGGUGCAUCGUUGACCGAAAUUUUAGCUAAGCGUAACAUGAAACCAGAAGUUCGUAAAGCUCAACGUGAACAGGCCAUCAAAGCGGCUAAAGAGCAAAAGAAGGCCACACGGGCUGCAAAGAAAUCAACUGCUCCAGCACCAGCGAAGAAACAACAACCAAAACAAAAAGCAGCAAAGAACGUGCAAAAAGCUGCACCACGAGUGGGAGGCAAACGCUAAAAUUAUUUUGCAUAAUUAAUGAUGAUUUGAAGAAAUAAACACCCAAUGAGAAAUCUUCAAAACAAAA